AAAGCUUUGUACGUAGUUGUUGAAGAGCUAGAAUAUAUAGAGAUGGCUUUGAGUAGCAGUACUACUACUGGCAACUUAAAGACUCUGGAGGCCGUGGUAGAGAUCAAAUCCUCAGCUGAUAAAGUGUACAGUCUCAUAAGCAUCGAGCACCACAAUGUUCCUAAAGCCUCCUCUGAUAAGGUACACGACGUUGCAGUACAUGAAGGUGACUGGGAAACUACUGGUUCCAUCAAGCUCUGGAAAUACACCAUAGAUGGAACUGUUGAGACACUUAAGGAGAAGGUGGAGAUAGAUGAAGCAAACAAGAGGGUGAGUCUCACGGCAUUGGAAGGACAUGUGCUCAACAAGUACAGGAGCAUUAAGAUCAUCUAUCAGGUCAUUCCAAAGAGUAACGAAGGAGCUGAUCAUUUGGUUAAAGUUACUCUGGAAUAUGAGAAGCUUAAUGAGAGUGACCAGCCUCCGAAUAACUACCUCAGCUUUUGUGUCAAUGUUAUCAAGGAUAUUGAUGCACAUCUUAUCGCUUCUUAAUUGGACUUCAUAUGCAUAUGCAGCUCCAGAUGAUCGAUCAUGAGUAGUUAUAUAUACAUAAGAAUAAAGGCUCGUGAUCGAGCUAGCUAGCUAGCUUCCAUGAUUUAUUUCUUUAAGUUUAUAAUUAAGCAAGAACUGAAUGUUGAAUUGGAUGUAGUUUUUACUUUUUAAUGUCUUUCUACUGUUAAAUUUAGUGACAUCAAAUAACAAGGGA